AGUUGAGAAGGGACGUUUUGGAGAAGAAUAAAAGAGAUGCUGGUUAUUUGGCACUGGAGACUGUGAGAGACAGCUGCAACUCUCUGUCUGUGGCCACCAAUAGAGGGAUUUCGUUUUUGCUUCAAAUAUAAUUCCACUGCUAUUGCAUAAGCUACCUAUUACAGUGAUACCAGCUCACUCAAACCACACUGCACUUAAAAUUGUUGAGGUUGCAAAACAUUGCAAACUUACCAUCACCAACAUAGUUCAUAGUCUAAGAUAUUUGCAAAUGAGGAGUAAUGAGGAUCUUCUGGCUACCAGAAAUAUCUGCUUCACCGGCUGAUCUUUGUCGCGAUGCUGCAAGAAAAUGCCAGUGAGGGUGAAAUCACAGAUUAUCAUGAACAGCUUUUCCAGAAGAUUUCACGAUCCCAUUUGGGGGAAGCAGCCUCGGGAGUCCUUCUCAUCUACUCCCAGAGCAUACUCCACAUUCUGGAGGCCUCCAGCGGCACCCUCUACCACAUCCUCAUGGACCUGGCCCUCUUUGAACAUCAGGGAGCAGCGGCUUUAUUGCGAGAUAUUAAGAUAUUGGUAAUGUCUCAUAACAUCCCCACCAGACUUUUCUCACAGUGGCAUGCCACCAAAGUGGAAGUGCCUGUAACUUUGGAAGAUGUUACCCAGAGCCAGACCACAGAAGAAGUUAUUACUGAGUGUCUUACACUCAUUCUCAAGCUGGGAGUGUAUCUUGCAACACUCAAGGUGGGCAACAAAAGCCUGGGCGAGUGUCUCCACACUGCUGUGCCAGAGCUGCUGAUCCCAGCGGAAACAAUCCAGUAUUUGUGCAGGAGCCAAGAAUGUUUGAGCCCGACAGAAUUUCUGAAGAUGUACAACAAUCCUUCGCAGCCACAAAUGGAUUCAGAAACAGUAUGGCCUACUCCUACUCAUAUGUCUACAUGAAAUCCUAUGGACAAGCUACCUACCAAUGUGUCCGAAGGCCUGGAUCGAGUUGUAAAUUUGCAGUUACAAAUCUCAAAGGCCUGGAUAGAGUUGGCCUGAGAACUUUAAUGUCCAUCUCUUCACCCACGCAGAGGGAAAACAAAGCAAGCAAUAAAGUUGACAAGAAGACUUGAGAGUGGUGUGCUGGUGUUCUUUCAAACAGGGCUGAGGGACUGCAGAAGCUGUUGAACAUCUCAUUCUUUGGGUCCUGACCCCAUGAGACUAACGGUAGUUAAGGAGGGAAAAUUAGGGGCAAAUGCUUCUCAGUGGUCUAUACAUCCUAGCAUCUUCCAGGUUCUUGCCAAACUACCCCCUUCUUCUUUCUGGGGUGACUGCUUCACUUCCCAAGCAAUUUAAUUCAUUGGCGAAUUAGGGGAAAAAUACAGCUCUUUGGGUAGGAAAAUUACAAUAAAUCGGUUUUAUAGUGACAAAAUGAGCAAAUUUUACUCAGCAGAUAAACCCAACAAGAUAUCCAAAAUAACUUUCAAAGUUCAACUCAUUUAUAGCAAUACAUAUUUUCCAGAGUUCAGCUUGACAGCAGCUGCCUGUGGAAGUUACAGAAACCAGAGCAGAAGGGUUAAUACAAAUAUCUAUGAAAAAUAAAGGGGAAAAGAAUCAUAUUUUAAAAAAGAAUAGCACUGAAAUAGUUAGAGAGACAGUACAUUUCCUUUUACAGUGUCAAGUCCAUCAAGGCACAAGAAUACAUCCACUGUUUAGAAAAGUGACCGAUAACCAGCAGUCAUCUUCUGCACCUGUAGCAAUUUUUUGGUUCAUACUUUUAACGAAGUCUGCAGCAUAUCAGAGACAGCGUGUCUCUUGCACACCUCUGUUUGAUACGGACCAAGAAGAAGAGCUCAGCAGAGUCUUGAAAGGGUUAUGAUUUCCAUUACACAUGCAUUGCUUUGGAUUCUUCUUGGAACUUCCUGGCAGGGCCAUCUCGAUUAACAGCAGCAAUCAAGCUUC